AUGAACUCUCUCGUUAACUACUUUAAAUCUAUAGAUUUUUUUGGUGCCACUUUCAAUCAAAAUAUAGAUAAAAAGCAGCAAAGCUUUAAAAGUGUAUUUGGAGGAAUAAUGACAUUAUUCAUUUUUUCAGCAAGCCUAGCUUAUGCUGUUUAUGUAUUUUAUAAAUGGCAAACAAAUUAAUACAGCCCUAAGAUAACAACUUUUGUUAAUACCUCAAGCUUUGAGCUCUUAGAUUUGGAUUACGAUAUUAUCAAACUUAGUUAUUCAGAAUAUAAAGCAGGGUUAAUAGAUCCUUUUGAAGAAAAAGUACUAAUACCUCUCUUAAUUUAUACAGAGAAUUUUGAAUAUGGGACUCCUACUGUUUUGACAUUGUCAAAUUAAACCUCAUAUUAUGGUAAUAAAUACUUAAUACCUAAAAUGUAAUUGGGAUUUUCUUAUGUGAAUGGUAAUUUAAUGACUACAUCGGAGAUGUAUGUAUAAAUUGUUAAAUGUACACCAGACUUAUUAGAAGAAGGAGAAUCAUGUGCUUCAGAAGAGACUACAAAGAAAUUUUUCAAUUAGCCAUUAAAUUAUAUUAUUUUGCAGGUCAAAGGAAAGCAGCUAAAUUCAAAAGAUGGCUCAGUUUAAACGAGUAUAUAGGAAUUUUAUAUUCAAAUUGAAGAAACAACUUGCUACACUUUUAACAUAUUUCUUUAAAGUAAUUUUUAUGAAGUUAAUGAUUCACUUUUGUUUGGAUAAUCUAAGUAGAAUGAAUUUAUAAAUGGGGCACUAAUCCAAUCAUAAUCAAAUUCAGCAUAAUAUUGUUAUUAGGCUUAUGGUAAUAUUACUUAUGCUUCAUUUUAUAUAGCUAUGAAAGGAGAUCAAAUAAAGACGAUAUAUGAAUAUCCAAGUGCAGGUGAUUUACUUGCUAAUAUAGGUUCAAUAGUUUCUGUAUUAUUCAUGGCUAGAUUCAUGAUAUUCUUUUUAAAUGAUUACUAUUUGAAUGAAAAAAUAAUAAAUGAUUUAAUCGCAUUUUACUACCCAUAAUUUCACCAAGUAAGAUUUAAAAGAAACUGGAGAAGAUAAAUAACGCAAGUGAAAUUUCGAAAUUAGAAGAUCGAUGUUGAUAAAUUUAAGAGCUUUUAUGAAAAAGUAAAAAGUAAGAUGGAGCAAAAACUUACAUUCGAAAAUCUUAUUUAUGAGAUAUCUAGAAUUUACAUUUUAAUAAGAGCAAAUAUGACAAGGGAAGAAAUUAAGAGGUCUCAUCUUGUUGGCUUAAGGUUAGAUUAUCUGAAAGAAAUACCAAAAAAUCUGACUUCAGAAUGCGAAGGGGAUAUUGCUCAACAUGAGAAUGAUGUGAGACUUUUAAAUGAUGAUGAUAUUGCACUUUUGAGUUUGUAUGAAAAUAAAGUUGCCUUAAAAACAAUGAUUUUUGAAGAGAAGUCAUAAAGUACCUUUUUUGAUAUAAACAGAGUUAAAUUGUGA